AUGCCUGGUCAAGAAAUAAGUGGUCAUCUUCACAUGAUUGCACACAGUGCUCAGAGUUACACUAUUAACCUCACCCUAUCAGCUAAAAUGUGGGGCCCGGGUGCUGAACAAGGAGGAAUACUACAAACAUCAAGCUGCAGACUGGAUCUAAAAGAGCCAUAUUAUCGAAUGUCUCAACCACAAGCCUAUUCAUCCGCCCAAGAUCAGCAGCCAAAUCAGCUCUUACAAUCACAGGAUUUACACCUUCCAUCCCUGGAUGAAGAUGGGUCGGAUUUCAUCCAACAACCAUCCAAUGAUUCAAGUGUCCAGAUUCAUUGAGGAUUCAUGAAGAAAUGCAUUUGAAGAGUUGAGACCUAUUUAUACAAAUGGUCAAAGUCAAAGCUCUCAGAAAUGUGAUCCAUCCAUGAUGUGUAACAUUAUACAAGGCACCGCGAAAAUGAAAAAUGUCACACCGCUUCUUUCCAAGACUGCCCUUUUACUACUACUACUACUAUUAUUGUAUUUGUUUCAAUGCCUGUAAAUUAGGUUGACUUGGUUGACCUUUUUAUUGCUUUUUACUCUUUAGAGUGUACUUCCCAACUACUACACUA